AGGGCUCAGCCAGUCUCCGCUGCUGCCGGCCGCGCUUGCCUCUCUCGCCUCCUCCAGUCCGUCCGUCCGUCCGCCCCGUCGGGUCCCGCCGCCGCGCCAACCGCAGCCAUGGAAGCCAUCAAGAAGAAGAUGCAGAUGCUGAAGCUGGACAAGGAGAACGCCAUCGACAGGGCCGAGCAGGCCGAGGCCGACAAGAAGCAGGCCGAGGACCGCUGCAAACAGCUGGAGGAGGAGCAGCAGGGCCUGCAGAAGAAGCUGAAGGGCACCGAGGAUGAGGUGGACAAGUACUCGGAGGCCGUCAAGGAGGCCCAGGAGAAGCUGGAGCUGGCCGAGAAGAAGGCCGGCGACGCAGAGUCUGAUGUGGCCUCUCUGAACCGUCGUAUCCAGCUGGUGGAAGAGGAGCUGGACCGAGCCCAGGAGCGCUUGGCCACUGCCCUGCAGAAACUGGAGGAGACUGAGAAGAUGGCUGAUGAGAGCGAGAGAGGCAUGAAGGUCAUCGAGAACCGAGCCAUGAAGGACGAGGAGAAGAUGGAGCUCCAGGAGAUGCAGCUCAAAGAGGCCAAGCACAUCGCUGAGGAGGCUGACCGCAAAUAUGAAGAGGUGGCUCGAAAGCUGGUGAUCCUGGAGGGGGACUUGGAGCGCUCAGAAGAGAGGGCAGAAGUGGCUGAGAGCCGCUUGAGGCAGCUGGAAGAGGAGCUGCGCACCAUGGAUCAGGCCCUCAAAUCCCUGAUGGCUGCAGAGGAGGAGUAUUCCACCAAGGAGGAUAAAUAUGAAGAGGAGAUAAAGCUGUUGACGGACAAGCUCAAAGAGGCUGAGACCCGGGCAGAGUUUGCUGAGAGGUCUGUGGCCAAGUUGGAGAAGACCAUUGACGACCUAGAGGACGAAGUCUAUGCCCAGAAGAUGAAGUACAAAGCCAUCAGUGAGGAGCUGGACAACGCUCUGAACGACAUCACCUCGCUCUGAGCCACCCCCCUGGCUGCCCCCACCCCUCACCCCCAGUCCGUCUGUCUGUCUGUUUCUGCCUUCCCCUCGGUUGCCAUAAGUGCCUCUCUGGAUCUGCACCCCUCUGCUGUCUUCCCCCCCGCCCUGCAUACCCACUGGACUCCCAGUGUGUCCUCUGUGUGCGUGUGGGGACACGUGGGGAAGGGGGUGCAGCGUCCCCUCAAGGAGGGCUAGCCCCACCAGACACUUCUCGGGCAAAGCAGGGGCCACCUCUGGAGCGUGGGGGUUCAUGGAGGCUGGCUGGGACCCCCGGGCUGGAGCACAGUCCCACCCUCUUCCCGCUCCAUGGAGGUUUGGGGACGGGCUCACCCUUAGGAAGGCGGGAGGCCAGCCUUGUUCCAUGCAGGUCCCUGCGAGACCCCCACUGCAGCCUCCCCUGCGCCCGCCUCUCUGUGCUCACACGAUGCCUUUCGGGAGUCUGUCUCUUCCGACUCUGGUUUAAUAAAUAAAGUUUCUCAGCA